GCGAUGAGCAACCUGAAGUGGACACAGAGCCACAAGUGGGACUUCACGUGGAUGGCCAUAUCUUUCUCCAUGCGCGGCCACCUCUAUGCGGCGACCAACACCAGCGGCGGGGAGGAGGCGUACGACUUGUUCAGCCCAUGCGAAGACUUCAGUGGCCCCCACCUCAUGUACAAUGUCCAACCACAGAUGCGCUGCCCCUCUUCCGAUGGAUCCACGUACCGUUUUCGGGACGACGUGGUCGGCGAGUAUAACUACGACGCUGCCGAGGGCCUGACGAUGGUGUUCGACUCCGAGAUAUCCAUGAGAAAAAAGAUAUGUGAGGCGAAGGCCGGUUACCCGGAUGUCCCCUUCGGCAUCGCCGCCUACGAUGUCGAAUACGACUCCGAUGCCGCGGGCUGUCCGACUAUGCAGAUCGGCUCGGGUGCCUUCAGGCGUCUGAAGGCGCUGCAGCGGCUGAACGAGUUCAUUGACAAGGAAUUCAAAGACGCCUCCUACCUGCAAAAGUGCCUAGGCGUGCCCGUCUCGUGAGAAGACGCCUCCUUUCGCCACAACGACUUCGUCCGUCGCUCAAAACUUGUGUGACUUAACGAAAAUAAUUGUUCUUGCCAUCCAUGGCACUAUGCGCACUAUUUAAAAUAGCGACUGCGAAUAUAUAGAAAUGAGCACAACUGCACUGCUGUGAGCAAAAAUUAUGUUCCACUCUUUCUUGCUUUUAAGCAGAAUAUAAGUUUCUUCAUCUUUUUGUCUUUA